AUGCUAGCAGGGCCAGAAGCUGCUGCUAGCUACGGCCUGGCACAGCAGGGCUGCUGCACAUAUCAAGAUGCCACAAUUUCCACCAUUCUACAGGCUACCGCCACCAUGAACCAAAGCCACAUCAGUGCCGCGCAAGAGUACAGCGCUAUGCUGCACGAGCGACGGAAUGGAAGGGCAAAAUUGACACAAAUGCAGGAUAAAGCUAUCGCCGUCAUGAAAAAGUAA